UCUUAUCUUCUAUUUGUCGAACUCGAAACAACAUUUUGAAACUGGCGAGUGAGAGACUAUCUUAAACAUGGCUGCUACAAUUACAGCUGUAGGAGUUGUGUUGGAGCUUUCAUAUUCGUCAAAGCUGAGUCAGAUAACUUCUUCUUCUUCUUCUAGGCCGUCUCGUCGUACUGUGAAAAUGAUGGACUCUAUUAAACACAACAAGAAUAAUUUCACCCUUGAAAAAUCCCAAGAAGCUCUCAGUGCCGCUAAAGAAAGGGGAUUCUUGGAGCCAGAGACGAAGCAAGAUAGAAGAUAUGGGACAGAAAUUUCCAAGUCGUGUAUGGAGGAUAAAAUUCUUGUGUCCAACUCUCAGAUUGUGCAGCCAGAUAGCCUUCCUCCAUUAGUUAGUGCACUGAAAGCUUCAGCCAAGCAAGAUGUGGCAAGUUUUCACUUUCCUGGGCAUAACAGAGGACGCGCUGCACCACCUUCGUUGACCCAGCUCAUUGGUGUAAGACCAUUUAUUCAUGAUUUACCUGAGCUCCCUGAGCUUGACAACCUCUUUUCACCAGAUGGACCAAUUUUAGAGGCACAAAAGCAAGCUGCCAGUCUUUUUGGAGCAUCAGAGACAUGGUUUCUGGUUGGAGGUACUACUUGCGGUAUCCAAGCAGCAGUAAUGGCAACUUGCUCACCCGGAGAAUAUUUGAUUCUCCCUCGAAAUUCUCAUGUAUCAGCCAUUUCUGCUAUGGUGUUGUCAGACACAAUACCUAAGUAUAUCAUCCCUGAGUAUAGUAGUGAUUGGGACAUAGCUGGGGGUGUCAUUCCAUCACAGGUAGAGAAAGCAAUCAAGGAAUUAAAGAAAGAAGGGCAAAAAGCAUCUGCGGUUUUUGUCACUUCCCCCACAUAUCAUGGUAUAUGCAGUAACUUGAAUGAGAUAUCUCAGCUAUGUCAUUAUCAUGGAAUUCCUUUAAUCGUUGAUGAGGCUCAUGGAGCACAUUUCGGAUUUCAUCACCAUAUGCCUUUUUCUGCCCUUCAGCAGGGUGCUGAUCUUGCUGUACAAUCGACUCACAAAGUCUUAUGCUCUCUUACGCAGUCAUCUAUGUUACACAUGUCAGGGGAUAUUGUAGAUAGAGAAAGGAUAUGUAGGUGCCUUCAAACCCUUCAAAGUACAAGCCCUAGUUAUCUGCUUUUAGCAUCAUUAGAUGCUGCUAGAGCCCAACUUAAUGAAAAUCCAGAAACCAUAUUCAACAAAGCAAUGGAGUUGGCUGUUGAAACCAAAAAUCAUGUAAAAAACAUCCCUGGUAUUUCAAUGCUCGAGUCAUCAAGCUUCCCUAAAUUUCCUAUGAUGGAUCCCUUGCGUCUCACUUUUGGUUUUAGGCAGCUUGGCUUAUCUGGGUAUGAAGCAGAUGAAAUUUUAUAUGGGGAUCAGAUGGUCAUUUGUGAACUUGUUGGGACCCAAUCCAUUACCUUUGCAAUUAACCUUGGAACUUGUCGGAAGCAUAUUCACAGGCUUGUGUCAGGGCUACAACAUGUAUCAGCAACUUCCUUGUCUGUUGAGAAGGUUGAGAAGAGGGUAGAGCAUAGUGGUUUGGCACCGUUUGCUGAUAUUUAUAUAAGUUUGAACCCAAGAGAAGCUUUCUUUGCAAGGAAAAGGAAAUGAGAAUCGGAGAGAGCCUUGGGAAGAUAUGUGGGGAGAUUAUAUGUCCGUACCCACUGGGAUUCCAGUGAUGAUACCGGGUGAAAUUAUUACAGAGAGAGCUUUGGAUUACCUGCAGCAUGUUAAAGACAAUAUCAGUGGAGCUUCUGAUCUCUACUCUCUUCUAUAGUCAUCUGUGACAUGUAGUUCUGGCAUCAGAAAGGUUGCACUGGAGAUGGAACUUCAUUGAGCUUCAACUCGUGUCAAGAAUGCUUGAAAUUGGAGAGCGCAAGCAUUGUCGACCUCAAACAUAGCAGCACUGGGAGGCAAGCCAGUAAGUUGAUAACUGUGUUUAGACUAUAAACUGUUGAAAGGUUGGAUUGUAGUAGGAACUAGCUACUAGGAAAGGAAAAAUUGAUAUAUAUUUUCCUACGUUUAAGGAGGACAAUGCAAAAGUUUAUGCAAACCAAGGGCAAAACAUCAACUACAAAGGUACGGUGAUACUAA